AUGGAAUCUGGUAGCAUCGCCACGAAAGCGGCCUCUGGCCUCCGCUACGACCCCAACUGGUGGAAGGUCGCCUCGCAGGCCGAAGCGCCGCCGCCGCCCGAACUCGACGACGUCUUCAAGCUCCGGGCCUUCGCCGAGGAGCUGGUGCACGGCAUAUCCAAGCGCGAGCCGUACCCGGACGCCGUCGAGGAGACCAAGACGGAGCUCGACAGCCCCGACGGCAGCCACAAGUUCACCGUGAGCCGGUUCGCGACGGCGGAGCAGCGCGCCCCGCCCGAGGAGGGCGAACCCCCGCGGCCGGCGGUGCUGUACCUCCACGGCGGCGGUAUGGUCUCGUGCACGGUGGAGACCGUCGCGCCGGCGAUCGCGCGCGGUGUCGCCGCGACCGGCGUCCAGUACUUCGCCGUCGACUACCCGCUGGCGCCCGAGUUCCGGGCCCCCGCGGCCGUCGACGACGUCUACGCCGCGCUGCAGUGGCUGUCGCGGGGCGCGGCCGGCAUGCACGUCGACCCGGCGCGCAUCGCCGUCAUGGGCGACAGCGCGGGCGGCGGGCUCGCCGCCGGCGCGGUGCUCAUGGCCCGGGACCGCGGCCUGAGCCCGCCUGUCGCGAAACAGGUCCUGGUGUGCCCCAUGCUGGACGACCGCACGCGCUAUCCCGACGGCUGGCCGCUGCUGGACUUUGUCACCUGGACGGCGCGAGACAACGACCUGGCGUGGGACGCGUACCUCGGCGCCGAGAAUCGCGGGAAGCCGGGCGUCUCGGUAUAUGCGGCGCCGGGGAGGGUCGAGGACGCUGCGGGUCUGCCGAGCACCUAUAUCGAGGUCGGGGGGCUGGACCUGUUCCGCGACGAGGACAUGAGGUAUGCGCUCAAGCUGGCGGAGGCGAAUGUGGAGGUGGAAUUCCAUCUGUACCCCGGUGUGCCGCAUGGGUUUGAGGGGGGCGUAGGCUCGCACGUCGUGACCAAGGCCCUCGAGGGCAGGAUCCGGGCUGUUCAGGCGGUGUAG